AUGCCAUCCAUCCGGCUCCUCGCCGCCGCGCUCGCGUCGGCGCGCGCGAAUUACACGCUGCCGCGGCUGCAUCCGCGCGCGCCCCUGAGCUACCGGGAGCAGGAGCUGCGCUACGCCCAGCACCACAUGUACGUCGACGUGAAGCACAAGUUGCUCUACUGCGCCGUGCCCAAGGUGGCGUGCACGGAGUUCAUGCGCCUCUUCUUCCGACUAAAGGGCGAGAACCAGAACCAGCGCUGGAAGGGCGACCCGCACUUUCGGCAGGACAAGCCGCUCUUUAACAAGAUCAUGAACGUGACGACGGCCACCGCGCUGAUGAACGACCCGACCUGGACGAAGUUCGCCUUCUGGCGCGACCCGGCGGAGCGGCUCCUGAGCGCCUACCUCGACAAGUUCGCGAACGGGAAGCGCUACUCGACGGGGUCGUACGCGGUGCGCAUCUUCAAGGACAAGCACAUGAACUUCAGCGGCUUCGUGGACCGCAUCGCGUCGAAGAACCGCGUGCGGGGCAAGCCCGACGGGCUGCACCCGAACACGAACCCCCACUGGCGGCCCCAGCGCUUCAUGUGCAACAUGGAGAAGUUCCUACCGGCGUACAACUUCGUGGGCUCCUUCGACCACCUCGGGGACCACGCGGAGAAGCUCCUGCGGGCGUUGGGCCUCUGGGAGGCCUACGGCGCGGCGGGCUGGACGAAAGCGCUGAAGCGCACGGUCGUCGACAAGAUCAAGGGCGCCGUCGGCGGCGGCGACGACGGCGGCCGCAUGUUCCAGAAGAACGCCGCGUGGCACCAGACGACGAAGAUGAAGCCCGAGAACCACGACCUCUACACGCCGGAGCUCCUGGCCAAGGUGCGCCGCGCCUACGCCAUGGACUACGAGAUGUUCGACGCCGUCGGCUUCGGCGGCGACGAGCCCGCGUCCGGCGCCAACUGGGGCGACGCCAAGUACGCGGGCCGCCAGACCAUGGGCGGCUUCGACCGCGCCUUCAAGGACGACCACGGCGUCCGCGCGUGGAGCUAA